AUGAUAUAUCCCACGCAACAUCACGGGGCGUUCGAAAAGGGCAACGAGACUCCUGGUUAUGACCACAGCAAGGAAGCCGUGUUCAAGGCCUGCGGGAAGACGUUUAAGUAUGCUAAGACUUCCCUUUACGUCUUCGACGAGCUGAACCCUGUCCGCGUGGCCUGCGUCAAGACCAUUGCCCACCCGUGGUUCGAUCGCUUUAUCCUGUUCCUCAUCGUCCUGAACUCCUUCGUGCUGGCGCUGACGGAUUGGUCUGUGAUAGACGACGAUCCUAACUCGCCAGAUGUGGGGGAGCCCAUCGAUGACGGCUCUUGGCGAAAUGCACUUCUGUUUGAGUCGGAGGCAGUGUUCACCGCCUUUUUCACGCUAGAGUUCGUGCUCAAGGUCAUCGCGCAAGGGUUCUAUCUUGGGCGAGGAUCAUACCUACGAGACUCUUGGAACAUCCUAGACUUCAUGGUGGUGGUCACGGCGCUUAUGACAAGCAUACCCGGGAUGCCGAAAAUGACGGCAAUCAGAGUUUUUCGGGUGCUGCGCCCACUGAAAAGCAUUUCUGCACUGCCCGGGCUGCAGAAGUUGGUGGUGAGCAUGCUUAGGUCUGUGCCACAGCUGGUGAGUGUGGUGAUUCUUCUCCAAUUUAUCUUCACGGUGUUCGGCAUCUUUGGGAUUCAGAUCUUCGCGGGCAAGCAGCACUCUCGGUGUCGUCUUACUCCGUUCCCAGUCAACAACAGUUUUGAGGUCGGGAUGAACUACACGGAUUACCGCUGCCUCUCUGUGAGCAACUUCGACGUGGUAGACGACGAGCCUUCGUGGACACAGAGCACUAGUCCCUGGGCCACGCCUCGCGAGUGUUGGUGGCCGAUAGACUCGGAGAACGAGCGGCUUUGCACGUCCAACUCGGGUUCGGGCAAGCACAAGUGCGAGCAUGACGAUAGAUAUAUGAACUUGAGCGAGUUCAGGUGGUGCGGGAGCAACUACGAUGCGCUAGGCAACCCGCGCUUUGCGGGCGGGGUGAUCGAGGGGGUGGAGUGGGGAGCCGGGAGGUUGACGGACAACGCCACCUUCGUGCAGAGUCUGAACUGGGGCUACACGAAUUUCGACAACAUCUUCGUCGCUUUCUUGACUAUCUUUCAGAGCAUCACCAUGGAGGGAUGGUCAGAUGUACUUUAUCAGGUAAAGGAUUGUAGCCUUCCUAUCCUCGGAGACGUCUUCUUCAUCAUCCUUAUCCUGUGGGGGUCGUUCUUCACUCUCAAUCUACUCCUGGCUGUGCUGGAGGGGAACUUCACCAAGGGCAAGGAAGACGACAAGGAGGCUGAGGAACGACAUCGGCAGGCACUGUGGGCUGACGAGGGGACGAAUGGAGCUAGUUUUAUCGAUGAAAACGAGGAGGAGGAGGGGGGGGGGGUUACUGGCAAUGACGAGCUGCAGGAUCUUCCAACCUGGCGCUUGGUUUUGCGGCGGUUGGUUGACCACGUCAAGUUUCAGAAUUCGAUCACGCUCUUGAUCGUACUCAACACGUUGGUGCUGGCAUUGGAUCACCACCCGAUGGAUGAGGAGUUCUCCACAUACCUAGAGGUCUUCAACUUCGCCUUCUCUCUGUGCUUCAUGCUAGAGAUGGCUCUCAAGGUUGCGGCACUUGGACCCCGGGAGUACGCCAAGGACAACUUCAACCUGUUCGACGGUUUCAUCGUUAUUAGCGGGUUGCUGGAGCUCAUCCUCUCGCCACCCGAUAUCUUGACUGGCGAGACGGGGAAUACUUCUGGCGGAGCACUUUCGGCGCUGAGGUCGUUCCGCCUGUUCAGAGUUUUCAAGCUCGCAAGGGAGUGGCACUCCAUGCGCGAGCUGCUCAACACGCUGGGAAAGACGCUGCUAGACAUCGGCAACUUUGGGAUGCUGCUGGUGCUCUUCAUGUACAUCUAUGCCCUUGUAGGCCUGCAGUUUUUCGCCAACCGCUUCCACUUCAACGAAGUCGGCGAGGUGGUGGGAAUAGGCGAGCCGGGAUACUACACCGCGGAAGUGCCGAGAUCAAACUUCGACACUCUCAUGAACGCCUUCACUACGAUUUUCGAGAUCCUUUCCGGAGAGAACUGGAACACGGUGAUGUACGACGCCCGACGAGCGACGGGCUGGGUAAGCGUCUUCUACUUCGUGAGCCUCAUCAUCAUGGGAAUGAUGAUCGUCAUGAACCUGUUUCUGGCCAUCCUUCUAUCCAACUUCACCAACAAGGACGACGUUGACGCGGAGGCCGGCGGCGGUUCGGGCAACGGCGAAAACGCGGGGCCACCUGUCGAACACCCGGGUAGUCCACGAGUGGCGCCAUACAACCCGGUUUCACCUCCUCCCUCCCCGCAAAGGCCGAAGCUGGGGUCCAGUAAGUCUCUGACAAAAACGCUUGCCAAUCAACAGAGCUUCAAGGCAGGCGGUGACGGGACCGCGGGUAAGCUAGUCACGAUGUCAUCCAACGUCGGCAGAGGUAGCGGCGACGGGAACGAAAUCAAGGUCGGCAGCGGAAGGCCGAGAUUCGUGGUUCGCGCGGGGCAGGCGUGCAGGCGGUUUGGGGCAGACAUGUACGAGGCAUGCCGUAGCGCCAUCUUCGGGCUGAGGGUUCCCGAUGACCUUGACCCCGGGAAGGCGCUGUUCGUACUCGGGCCGGACAACAAGCUGCGGCAGGGGUGUGCCGCGGUGGUGCACAACCCCGGCUUCGACCGCUUCAUCCUCCUCCUCAUUUCCGUUAGCUCGCUGGCGCUGGCGCUGGACAGCCCCCUGCGGGACCCGGAGUCCGCGACUGCCAAGUACUUGAAAGGCGUGGAGAGGGUAAUGACGGCCCUGUUUUUUAUCGAGAUGGCCCUCAAGAUCUGCGCCCACGGAUUCGCGCUAAUGCCGAAGGCAUACCUGCGGAGCGCGUGGAACAUCCUUGACUUCGUUGUGGUGGUGAUUUCAAUGAUCCAGCUGGUCACGAACGAUUCGGGGAAUCUCGAGAGCCUGCGGUCUCUGCGCACGCUGCGGGCACUUCGACCACUAAGGAUGAUCAACCGCGCACCGGGUCUCAAGAUAGUCCUGAACGCCCUGUUCGCGGCCAUUCCCGACGUGCUAAACGUGGCGGCGGUGUGUUUCAUGUUCUUCAUCAUCUUCGCUAUCCUCGGUGUCAACUACUUCAAGGGCAUUCUCAUGUCCUGCCAGGGGGAAGAGUUCGACGCUCUCCCCGAGAGCAUCGCUCUUUUCAUCCAAGAACCGACUUCGUGGGACGCUAUGUCGGCCGACCAGCAGUCGUGGUUCGGCCCUCUCAGCAACGUCUCCGCGGCGUUCUCGAUGAAUGGCACCGGUGGCUUCACUACCGCGAGCGCCUGCGGGAGUAUUAACGCGGGCUGGCCUGACUCCGGCGGGUGUUGCACGGAAUGGCCGUCUUCUGCUUCGAGCGUUCCCACCAGCUACCAGUUGUGCGAGUGCCUCGGCCUGGAUUGGGACCAGACGGUUCCACAGCAGUUCGACAACGUCGCUCAGGCCCUGCUCACAUUCUUCGAGAUUUCCACGACGGAAGCCUGGACGUCGGUCAUGUACGCCGCCGUAGAUGCGACCGACGUGGACAUGCAGCCAAUCAGGGACAACCGCGUGAUGAUAGUCUGGUUCUUCAUGCUGUUCAUGCUCAUCGGCUCGUACCUCGUCAUGAAUCUCUUCGUCGGUGUCAUCAUUGACAAUUUCAACAAGAUGAAAUCUAAAGCUGAAGGCGACGGAGUUCUCGUCACGGAGGAGCAACAGUCCUGGAUCAAGACGCAGCACAUGACGCACCGCCUGAGGCCAUUGAAGCGUGUCACUCUGCCCGGGGAUCCUGUGGGAAACUGGUGCUACAAGGUGUCACACCACAAGUGGUUCGACGCGUCCGUCAUGAUUUGCAUCGUCCUCAACACCAUCGUCAUGGCCAUGCAGUUCUUCGGGCAGGGGAACGUGUACACCAGGUGCAUCGAGGGAGCCAACUACAGUUUCUCCUUCAUCUUCACUGUUGAAGCAAUAAUCAAGAUCCUAGCAUUCCGACGGGCGUACUUCAUCGACCCGUGGAACCGCUUCGACAUCUUCAUCGUCAUCGGCACCAACCUCGGCCUGGCGAUGCUGUGGAUGACCGGACGGAGCUACGGCUCCAUCGCCACCAUCAUCCGCACGUUCCGAAUAGGACGCGUGCUGAGACUCGUGAGGGGUCUGGAGUCGAUGGCCCAGCUGUUCAACACCCUGCUGCUGACGUUGCCCAGUCUCGGAAACGUCGGAGCUCUCUUGUUCUUACAGUUCUUCAUCUACGCCGUCAUGGGCGUGCAACUGUUUGCUACGGUGGGACUGAGGGGCGCGGUGGAUGAGCAGGCCAACUUCCAGACCUUCUGGGGGUCGAUGGUGCUGCUGCUACGGUUCAGUACGGGUGAGAACUGGAACGGAUUCAUGUACGACAUGGUGGCCGAGCGAGAGGACUGCGUGUCGAACCCCGUGUACGAUCCGGACAUGUGCGGGUUCACGUCCCACGCCAACUGCACUCCGCUCAACGGCUGCGGGAGCUGGUCUAUCUUCCCCUACAUGAUCAGCUUCACGCUCACCAUCACGUACGUCUUCAUGAACCUGUUCAUCGGAGUCAUCCUCGACGGUUUCGACGCGGCCUCCGCGAGCGACCAUGACGUCAUCAAACAAGAGGACUUCGCGCGCUUCGCCAGCCAUUGGGCGGAAUUCGACCCUCGUGCCACGUGCUUGAUCUCGGUCCAGGACUUGCACGACUUCCUACAAACCUUGUUCGCGCCGUGGGGAUUCGGCAAGGACUACCAGGCGUCAGACCGGGAAGUGCGCGCCCACAUUAGACGCCUCAAGCUGCGCAUCUUCAACGAUAACAAAGUGCACUUCAAGGAUGUACUUCUCGCGCUAUCCGAGGAAGUCCAUCGCUUGGAGGCCGAGAAAAAGGGAGCUACGAUUGACCUGCCACAGUACUUCCAGGCGAAGCUGGCCACUGGAUGGCAGAAGACGUCGGGUAUCAAUAGUCACGACUACAUGGUCAACCCAGUUUCGGGAGGGACUGUCACACUUGACCACAUACUGGCCGCGGAAUUUAUCCAGAAGGCGUUCCGCCGCUUCUUGGAAUUUAGGAGGUCGACUGAGGAGCAGCGACAACGCACACAAGAGCUUGAACCUGCAGGAUCCAACAUGACGAGCAUCAAUGAAGGGAGAGGCGGCGUCGUCGGCGACCGAGGAAGUGUCUCAGGGGUGGGGCGAGGAGAUAUUGGGGGACAGGACGACAUGAUACCCAGUCCGAUUGGGAAGAGGAUGGAGAGGGCAAGGCCAGUCGGAGGGAGCACAGCGGAGAGAUCCGUCUGGGUGACUUCUAGUGGUGGUGAUGGCGAGUGGUCCGUACAAUCCGUCAAUGAUCACAAGAAAAGUUCUCUGCCGAAGUUAGAAGAGACAAGAGAAGGGGGAGGAGGGAGGGGUGGGGGGGAUGGGGCUGGUAAAUCCGUCAGCGGGGCGCCGGAGGAAGUGCGGGCGUCGUCGGGGAAACGGUCACGAAAUUCCCGGCACAGAAACAGCACUCGAACACCCAGGAAAGACAACGGGGAUGGGGACGAAGGAGCACCAUCGUCUAUAACGUCCUCAGCGAAAGGCGCCAGAAACAGCAGAAGUUUGCAAGUAGGCCUAGGGGAUCGAGACGGGGAGAAGGAAAGAGGUGCCAGCGGGGCAAUGGGGGCGGAGGGGAGAAGAGAGUCAGCGGGGCACGACAAAGAUGGUGCCGAGCGGAUAGAGUUUAGUAGGACGAACUUAUCACCAAGUAGCAUUUCAUCCUCGAUCUCAUUAGCGGCCUCAGGAUCGCGCUCUGUUGCUUCUGAUCGGAUAGAAGUCGAGUCACGGUUAAUUGAUUCCGGCUACAACGGCGGUGGCGGUGAGACGGGGGAGAAUAGUACGGCAGGCGGGGAACAGAGGGCGCGACCGCCGCGGCUUGACUUGUAG